UGUGCGAAAGCGAAAAGAAGUAGGGGAGGAAGGGCUGGCCGAGACCUGGAAGUUGUUUCUGGUGAAGAAGCGGGCUGUCGGUGGCCAGAGGGGAAGGCAGUGCCGGCGCAUGGCGGUGGCUCCGUGGGCUGGGGUGUCCCCGUGAAUUGCAGUGACAUCGAUCCCUGUGUGACUGGCACACAGCGCGCUCUUUGUACCGGCAUCAAACAUUAAAUAAGAAAACUUCACACCCUCUGUGACAGCAGUAAGUGCCCUCUGAGGGAUGUGUGGAAGUUCCUGAAGAUUGAAAAGCAGCUGGGAACAGAGAACCAAAGAAGCCCUUGACAGACAGAGAUAUUUUUCAUGACGGCACUGGUGAGCCACCCUGACUCACAGCUCUCCAUAGAUGCUGAGUGUAGCGUUGCUUGAGCUCAGCACCGUGAGUUGAAGGAAGCUGUGUUGCAAUGCUGUUGGGGACCCACCUUAGAUUUCUGAGUUUGAUAUGAAGCCUGAAGCACGUCACUCACGCUGAUUUUGUGCCCCGUGGCUCUGGCGCACAGGUCCCUGAGAUGUCACUGAGAGAUGAAAGCCAUGCAGCUACGUUGACGCUGAAGAAGAUCGCUGCAGACAUGAGCAACAUCAUCGAGAGCCUGGACACCAGGGAGCUCCACCUUGAGGGGGAGGAGGUCGAUGCGGAGGUGCUAAAUGACCCAAAAGGCACUGCGUGCAUUCCUUUCUCUGCCAUCUAUCACACCCAUCCGUUCAAAGAGCCGGCCACGCAGACGUACCUCACGGGAUGUCCUGUUCGAGUGCGUGUGUUGGAAGUGGAACGCUUUACUUCCACAAAGAAGGUACCAAGCCCCAACGUUUACACCAUCGAGCUGACCCAUGGAGAGUUCACCUGGCAGGUGAAAAGGAAGUUCAAGCACUUCCAGGAGUUGCACAGGGAGCUGCUGAGGUACAAAGCCUUCGUGCGCAUCCCUAUCCCCACCAGGAGCCACACGGUGAGAAGACAAUCCAUCAAACGGGGAGAACCGAGGCAGAUGCCGAGCCUGCCGCACACCGCGGAGAGCACAGUGCGGGAGGAGCACUUCUCCAGCAGAAGGAAACAGCUGGAAGACUACUUGACAAAGAUUCUAAAAAUGCCGAUGUACAGGAACUACCAUGGAACAAUGGAGUUUGUUGGAGUAAGCCAGCUGUCGUUCAUCCACGACCUGGGACCAAAGGGCAUAGAAGGGCUCAUCAUGAAGCGCUCCGGGGGGCACCGCAUACCUGGCCUGAACUGCUGCGGCCAAGGAAGGAUGUGCUACCGAUGGUCCAAAAGGUGGCUGGUGGUGAAGGACUCCUGCCUGCUGUACAUGAAGCCUGACUCGGGGGCCAUUGCCUUUGUCCUGCUGGUCGAUAAGGAGUUCAACAUUAAGAUAGGCCAGAAGGAAACAGAAACUAAAUAUGGGUUGCAGAUUGACAAUCUCUCGAGGUCGCUGAUUCUGAAGUGUAACAGCUACCGACAUGCCCAGUGGUGGAGGCAAGGCAUAGACCAUUUCAUUCGGAAACAUGGCAAGGACUUCCUCACGGAACACCGCUUUGGGUCUUAUGCAGCCGUGCAGGAGAACACGCUGGCCAAGUGGUAUGUGAAUGCUAAGUGGUACUUUGAAGAUGUCGCAAAUGCCAUGGAAGCUGCGAAGGAAGAAAUUUUCAUCACAGAUUGGUGGCUGAGCCCAGAAAUCUUCAUGAAACGACCCGUUGUGGAAGGAAAUCGCUGGCGGCUGGACUGCAUCCUCAAGCGGAAAGCACAACAAGGAGUGAGAAUUUUUGUUAUGCUAUACAAAGAGGUGGAGCUUGCCCUAGGGAUCAACAGUGAAUACAGCAAGCGGACACUCAUGCGCCUCCACCCCAACAUAAAGGUGAUGAGACACCCAGACCACGUGUCCUCCUCCGUGUACCUCUGGGCCCACCACGAGAAGCUCGUCAUCGUUGACCAGUCCGUGGCAUUUGUGGGCGGCAUUGACUUGGCGUACGGCAGGUGGGAUGAUGACGAGCACCGCCUGACCGAUGUGGGCAGUGUGAAACGUGUGGCGGCGGCGAAGUCGGUGUCAAUGACCAACCUGGCACCUGCAGCAGAGUCAUAUGAGCAUGUCCCUCUGCAGUCUCAAGCUCUGUCCCCAGAAAGCCACUUGUUCCAGAGAAAUGCAGAUGAUGUCCCAGACAUAUCAAAAAUGAAAGGAGUAGGAAAACCUAAGAAGUUUUCAAGGUUCAGUAUUUACAAGCAUCUCCAUAAACAUGGCAUGCACCAUGCUGACAGCGUCAGCAGCAUCGACAGUGAAUCAAGUUACUGUAACCCCACUAGGAGCCAACCGAAUAUAAUCCAGAGUUUAAAGCCCCAUCUGAAAAUGUUUCAUCACCACAGUGAAUCCAAGCAGGGGCUCGCUGAGCCUCGGGAGGAUAAAGGAUCCAUCCGCAGCUUGAAGACGGGUGUUGGCGAGCUGCUAGGGGAAACCAGGUUCUGGCAUGGCAAAGACUAUUGCAACUUUGUCUUUAAAGACUGGGUUCAACUUGACAAACCUUUUGCUGAUUUCAUUGAUAGAUACACCACCCCAAGGAUGCCCUGGCAUGACAUCUCGUCUGUGGUGCAUGGCAAAGCAGCACGUGAUGUCGCCCGACACUUCAUCCAGCGCUGGAACUUCACUAAGAUUAUGAAGCCCAAAUACCGAUCCCUGUCCUACCCCUUCCUGUUGCCAAAAUCUCAGCAAACUGCAAAUGAGCUGAAGUAUCAGGUGCCCGAGGCUAUUCAAGCUACAGUCCAGGUGAUCCGUUCUGCUGCUGACUGGUCAGCCGGCAUUAAGUACCAUGAGGAAUCCAUCCACAAUGCCUACGUCAACGUGAUAGAAAACAGCAAGCACUACAUAUAUAUAGAAAACCAGUUUUUUAUUAGCUGUGCUGAUGACAAAGUUGUCUGGAACAAGAUCGGCGAUGCGAUUGCUCAGAGGAUUCUUAAAGCUCACAGGGAAAACAAGCGUUUCCGAGUAUACGUGGUGAUCCCGCUGCUGCCUGGCUUUGAAGGAGACAUUUCGACCGGCGGGGGGAACGCGCUGCAGGCCAUAAUGCACUUCAACUACAGGACCAUGUGCCGAGGAGAAAACUCAAUCCUGGGCCAGCUGAAGGGAGAGGUUGGAGAUAAGUGGAUAAACUACAUUUCAUUCUGUGGACUUCGAACAUAUGCAGAGUUGGAAGGAAAACUAGUCACAGAGCUCAUCUAUGUCCACAGCAAACUGCUUAUUGCUGAUGACAACACAGUUAUAAUCGGCUCUGCCAACAUCAACGACCGCAGCAUGCUGGGGAAGCGUGACAGUGAGAUGGCCAUCAUUGUGCAGGACACCGAGACCAUCCCCUCCGUGAUGGACGGGGAGGACUACAGCGCUGGGAAGUUUGCCCAGUCCCUCCGGCUGCAGUGCUUCAGGGUUGUCCUUGGUGGCUCUAAUCUCAGUCCAGAACACCAAGAUCCCGUCUGUGACAAAUUCUUCAAGGAGGUGUGGAUUUCUACAGCAGCUCGCAAUGCCACCAUCUUUGACAAGGUUUUCCGAUGCCUUCCCAGUGACCAGGUGAAUAAUUUAACCCAACUGCGUGAUUUCAUCAACAAGCCCAAAUUAGCCACUGAUGAUCCUGCAAAAGCAGCAGAAGAAUUAAAGAAGAUUCGUGGGUUUUUAGUACAAUUCCCUUUUCGUUUUCUGGAGGAAGAGUACUUGCUUCCCUCCGUUGGAACAAAGGAGUCCAUGGUACCCAUGGAGGUUUGGACUUAAGAAGAUGCAGACGUUUUAAAGCCUGGUUCUCUAGAGACAAGUUGAUGAAUGACAUGGGAUUUUGGAAAGCUUUUUAUUGCUAAGUGAGGCAAAAAAACAUCUCCACCAAGCUUAAUGUGCCUUUCCUAAGGGUUUUGGUGGAGGAACUUGAAGCAAAUCAACACUAGCAAAGGAGAGGAGCAGAAAGACUUGGAAAUUAUGGCAAAUGAGAAGUUUUGCCUCCGAGGGAGUUAUUUUUUUAAGGCAUGUUCUGAGCACCUAAAGGACACAGGCUCCUUCCUAGGACAGGAAACUAUUCCCAGUCGAUGUUGUCACUGCUGCCAGCUGUGUACUGUGGAUGCAUACGUACUGUGGUCGUGCUGUGGCUGCGCAGGAGUCAUGGGCUGCGUGUGCUUCUAAGGCUUUUGGGUAUCUGUACCUUGGCUUGCUGGAGUCCCCCUGUGUUACCCCUUCCAUGCACCAUCAGAGCACGUCAUGCUGCUCUGGCACUGUUGGGAAGUGCUGUUUGGUGCUGCCUUGGGCUGUCCUACAGCUUGCAAAGUGCAGGUCUUUCACUUGAUAAAUGGAAACAGACUAACAAUCUUGUAUCAGAAUCAACAUUUCUGUCUCUUCUCCUCUCUGGGGGGGGAAAAAAAGACAUUUCUACCGUGGCUACAGCAAUCAGCAGUCCUCACGCACAGCGUGACGCUGCCUUGGCCUUGGCGAAGGGUGACCUCGAUGGAGCCGGAGGUGCUGAAAAUCAUCAGGGUUUGCUGGCCUUUGCAGACACGCAACAACAUCUCAGUUUGUUCCAACUGCGCAUGAAGGCUUUCUCCAGGAGAAGAUCAAGGUUUAAACUCAAGCCUUAGACCUCCAGAGCUGUAGGAAAGCGAGGCACUGUGUGUAAUGGGACAUAAACUCAAAAGCCAGCAUUGGCCGCGCUAAGCUCUGCACUCUGGGUCUUCCAUUCAUGCAUUUGUAUUGCAGUACAUAGGUAGACUUUUCUUUCCAUCCCUUCUCUCCCUAUUUAAAAGAAGGGAAAGGUCACUAAGCUAGAGCUGAUGCCAUGCUCAAACUGAGCUGGCGUGUCGCUUUGUCUAUGGGCUGAAUGCAAGGGGGAAGGGGAGCAGUCAGCAAAGCCUUGUCUCUGGUCUACUCCGUUAGACCAGCCACAGUCUUGAGCUCAGUCAUGCAGGACGUGUCUUCCCAAGUGCGGGUAAAACUCGGCAUUUCUGUAAGACAGGUUCUAAAGCUAUUUGGCAUCUCACUGUGCAGCAAAGCAGCAAUUCAAUUCAGCAUCCCUGGGCAAAACACUACCACUCCUGGGUCGGGAUGUCGUCAUUCUGGUGCUAUCCUGGGUCUCACUCCAUCCUGCAAUGACCUCACAGUUUCAUGUCCAGCUCCUACUGCAGUCCCAGGAGAGUUGUUCCCCAGCGGUUGGCGGUGCCAUGUUGAACACUAAGAGAUCGGACCAUUAGAAACACCUAACAAGGGCUGGGUCUGGAGAGGUGGGAGGCUGAGCUCCUCUGCUGCCACUGCGUCCAGGGGCAUCCCUUUGCUAGCUGGGUUUAACUCUGUGUCCGACUAUCCUUAGUCAAAAGACCAGGUGAACGGGUAUUUACUUUAGCUCACAAGCAAGUUUCUUUUUUCCUUUUCUGGCUCUUCCAACAGUCUCACCUGUUUCUAACUGGAAAAGAAUCAUACCAGUCAAACUCACACCCAAAACAUAUCUGGCGCCACGUUUUAGCUGAUUGCCUUCUGUGUCUUCAGACCUGUAACUAGGCAUCAGGUCAUUCUGUACCUGCUGCAUCACCUGAGUAAGUAACAACCCCAGAUGUUCUUCCAAGGCAGCCCAAGCCUCGGCCCCUUCCCACAGUUUCCAUUGUUUUACGCUUGUGUUUUGUAGAUGCAGUUGCUUAUUACACUGCUCUCUGGCUGAUGUGGCUGUGGUCUGGUUAGCCUGUUGGAAGUACACAUGCAGCAUUUUAUGUGAUGAUCUUUGGUCCAGGGGGUUGAUGCUUUUAGCUGGCACACUGUUAGCAGAUAAGUAUGUUCCUUUUAUUUUUUUUUUCCCCCUUAAAAAAAUUGACCUGGGGUCACCCUGUGUGGAGCCAGAGCCGCAUGUGCCCUGACCACCUGCAAUCAAGAAAGAUCAAAGGUGUCUUGUUAUUUCACAUCAGUGCUAGUUCAGAGCUUUUCUCUUCUGAUACGCUUUUAGCUGUUUUAGUUUGAACAAAGCUGCUAACUUUAAACAAUUACAGCCUGUCAGGGAAUCACUGUAGGUCCCACAGAUCUGUAUUCAUAGUUGAAAAGGAAGCAUUCAACCCUGCCACCCAUACACGUGAACCUUGAAGAAGUGCAAGACUCCUGUCAUCUUCUAAGUGCUCUUAUUGUCCUCAUCCUCAUAUUAGCAAAGAGUCUUGUAAUUGUUAAAUUAUCCUUAUAUUGUCUUUUAAGGUGGUAGGUAGCUGACAAUUGGGCUUCAUAACUCCAGUGGCGUUAAGUCCCCUUCUGCCAGGCUGCUCUGGGGAAAAACCACCUAGGUUCUGCACCACUCAGCCCACCGUGUGAUGGCUGCAGGUCCCAAGUGACACAGCAGAGCCACAUAGGAAGGAUUUAAUUGACUGAUUCUGUAUGAAAAGGUGCUAAUUAAGAAGGUCUUUUGCUGUUAAAGUAGCAGAUGGACCUCACAUUGGCUCCCUGUCCGGGAGGAGGUUUCCCUCUGUAGGAACAGAGGAGCCGCACUGAACGUCCCUUCCCUGUGCUGGUGCUAAAUUCCUGAUACCAGGAGUUUAGUGACAUUCAAAUGCAAGCAAGGUGUGCAAGGCAGCUUCAGCACAGCGUAGAGAACCCUGCAUCCCCAGGGGCUCAUGGGGUCAUCAACCCCCUCUCCGUGGAUGUGGCCCUGCUCACCCCAAACAGAUGAUGGGGCUGGAGUUUGCAGUGAAGACAUGGCUCUUGUUCGCACCUGCGGGCUGUGCUGUUUGGAGCUGGCUCCUUCGGUCCCGUCAGCUAGAGGCGUAUUUCUUAUAUUAAGAAGCCUGUGAGGUUGAACACCUUGAGAGAGUUAAUUUCUGCACCUGAACAAUCACUGUUUCUUAGUCAGUAAUACCAGUGUGGGUUUAUUUUUAAUACCUUCAAACUGGAGAGGACUCCUCGCAGAUAUACAGUACUGUACCAAGUGGUGUGGAUUCAGGCACUAGCAAACCCAGAAAUAUGAACUGUUUCUUGUGGCAUUUAUUUCUUCGAAUUAUAAGAAAUGAGAACUUUUCCCAGGCUCAAACUAUUUUGUAGUUCAACUUGAGUCUAAAAUGUUUUUUCUUUUAAUUUAUUCCUUAACACAUGCCACUUUGAGAACUCACACUUCUUACCGUAUCUUUUUAAUAGUCUGAUAUUUUAAAAUACAUGUUUUGUUGUAUAGAUGUUGGACUGGAUAAAUGUUUCACUGUAAUGCUAAUGCAUGGUUUAAAAAAUGAGGGAUAAGAUGUCAUCAUAUGGAAGAGCUUUUACUAAAAUACAAUUUGUAGGAGAACUAUUCCAGUGCUCCAUGGCAGACACAAAGUGCUUGGGUCAGUUUCUGGGCCCUUGUCUUGGUGCGUGCCUGACAUGAUGUGAGCUUUGCUGGAUUAAACCCCAAACACUCCAUUUUGAUCAGGUUUCACAACAUGAUUUUGCAAUCCUGGUGCUGUCCCCAGGGGAGACCUCAGUGCAGGUUCUGCCUAGCUGGGACCCUGACAUGAAUAAUUUACAGUAUCUUUAUUCCUUCCAAGGAAACUUCCAUGUACAAUCAAGCUCAGAUGUGGUUUGCUAUUGUUAUUUCAGUGUAACAAGUCUUUUGUGCACUUGUUAGGACAGUCGGGGGGUUGUAAUAUGUGCACAGAAGCUGCAUUUGUGGGGACAUUGGAAGAAAAUUCUGCAUGGUCCUUUAGGUUAAUGCCAUUUCCUUCUCCUGCCGAAUGCAAAGACCCAAAUCCAUGCUGGUCUAAACUGACACACCUCCAUCAGCCGCAGAGCUGCCGCACUGGUUUUUCUGACAGAGAGGACUUGGUUUGUAGGAUGCAGUGGUGGCCAAGGUGGAGAAAGCAAGUGGGCUCCAGACCAGGUAGACAGAGAGAGGUUGGCAUCUCUUGGGUGACCUACAAGAUGUGAAUACAUUCUCACAUUUUGUGGCCCUUGUUCUGCAAAUUGUUUCAAACGAGCAAUCCCUCUGCACAGCUGAGCUCCUGCUGAAACCAGGAGCUUUGCAGAAUCGAGGUUUAAACCAGGAGUGUAACGCCAUGGUGGUGAAUCAGGUUAAGCAUGCAAAACGAAGGUGUAUCAAAGUGGAGCAGACCCACAAACUGUACAUUGACCGCUGAAUGCAGUGAUCCUCUUGGGGUUUCUCUCUCUCUCUUUUUUUUUUCUUUUUUUUUUUUUUAAUUUCCCUGCCUGCUUUCUUGUUGUAUUUUCCAGUAUUUGUGAUUAUUCCAUUUUUAAUAUCCCAGCGUGUUUUCAUAAAAUCUCCUCCAUGUAAAUAACUCCACCUUACCUCUUUCCUGACAAUUGGGAAAUGAGAAAAAGUGUUGAAAGUCACAGUUCUGGAAAUGUUGGUUGGUUUUUUUUUUUCUAAAUUGUGUCUCUAGCUAGACUAAUCAACAACAGGAGAGCUUCCACUUCGGGUGAGUGCAGGUCUCCGUGCGUCUCUACCUUCCGAUGGUGUGGUUGUGAACACUGAAUAUCCCUUCUGUGAAGGCUGCUGGAAUUGAGUUUUGUAUCCUUGUUCCUGCUAACGAUCGCUUUCCUUUCCACUCGGUUUGUAUCUGGUAAAUGAAUGUGUAUUAAUGGACUGAAAAUACAACUGAUUAUCAUGUCAAAA